AUGUUGCAUGAAGCAAGGGACAGGCAGAAGUUCGUCAGUGAUGUUCAAUACCUGCGAGACAUGCAGCAUAAGGUGGACUCUGAAUAUCAGGCUUGUUUGAGACGACAGGAAAGCAGAAAAGACCCAAAUGAGAAGAAACGAGAUCAGUUUUGGGGGCCAGAGACAAGUUUUGAGAGAACCCGGUUUUCAAGUGGGUCAUCUUCCAAACAGAGUUCUAGUGAGGAAGAUCCUCUAACUGAACCAAGAUCAUCUACCAAGGUAUCUCCAGUUAAGUGUGAUUCCAGACUUCCAGCAAUUGACCAAACAUCAGUCAAGCAAAAACAUAAAAGUACAAUGACCCCAAGGAAAACAGAGAAAGCGGGCCCCAGCAAACCCUCUCCAGCAGCCCAGGCACCAAAGAUUUUAUCAAAGAAGAGGAGGCCAAAACUGGGGAGGUUGACAGUCAGCCCAGAAAUGCACAACCCAAGAGGAUCUGGGGACAAAAGCAGACAGAAGCUGCAGCUGCAGUUGCCGGCAAAGGCACUGGCCCCCAGGGGAACAGAUCUAGUAGCGCAACAAGAAGGCCCCAUGUGGGCAGGUGACACUAAGCUGAAGAGGCCACCUCAAGACAGAAGAAACUUAGUCCCAUCUUCACAGCUGAUGACGACUGAGAACCCACCUGAGAGGGCCAAAAAAGGAGACCCGAGUGCUCUUUCCCAGAGCGAGACACAUUCCGCCCUGUCCCAGGCCUUCCGAAGAACGAAUAGUCCUCAGGUGUUGAGCAAGUCCUUGGGGCCACCACUCACAUCCACCAGCAUGGGAGGGCCAAGAAGGGCACCGUUUAGGUUCAGAGAUGAAGAUUUUUAUCCCAUUUUAUCAUUAAACACUGGAAGAGAAAAUGCUGACACUGAAGAGGAAACCCAUGGAGAAGAAGAACUUCUGUUGGUUGGUAUGCACCCACACCAUUCUCCUUCCAAUCAUAUAAGAAGGAGAUUUUGGGGGACAUCAGCCACUCAGGCCAAAAAUAAAACUGUUGAAGAAAAUAGUGAAAAAAAUCGCAGAGCCAAUUCUUUAAGAAGAAGUGAGCCCAAUCGUGGUUCGUUAAGAAUAGGCGACACAAUGGAGCCAGUGACGAAGCCGCCUUCCGUCGGGCAAAGGUUGUUCCAAGACCCCGGGCUGCUUCAUGGGGAGUCUGCUGAAGAGAACGACAGUGGUGGCGGUGAAAAUACGACCUUUCAUUCAUGGGACACCAAAUCCGAACCCAGGCGAGAUGAUGGUCUCAACGCUGAAAAUAUAUCUAGUGAUUGUAUUUCUAUGGAAGAUAGGCCUGGUGCCCAUGAUUAUGAAAGAGAUUGGCAGGACUAUUUAAACAGUUCUAGAAAUUCUCUUGACUACUAUUCCAGCAGCUCACGUGCUGGAACGUUGACAUCAUUUGCUGGCAAGUGUUACGUUAUUAGUGAGCUUGCGUCCAGACUCCUGGAGGAGGACUCCGAGGAGGAAGGAGACUUGUGUCGCAUCUGUCAGAUAGCCAGGGGUUCCCCAAGCAAUCCCCUCCUGGAGCCCUGCGGCUGUGUGGGAAGCCUGCAGUUUGUUCAUCAAGAGUGCCUGAAAAAGUGGCUGGAAGUGAAAAUAACAUCAGGAGCAGAUCUUGGCGCCGUGAAGACCUGUGAGAUGUGUAAGCAAGGCCUGCUGGUCGACCUGGAUGACUUUAACGUGACUGAGUUCUACCAGAAGCAUCAGCAGUCCUGGGCACAAAAUGAGCUGAUGAAUUCAGGCUUAUACCUGGUGCUGCUGCUUCACCUCUACGAGCAGGGGUUUGCAGAACUCAUGAGAGUGAACUACAGCCGGGUCGUGCGAGAGAGGUUGUCAAGAAAUUGUCCACAACCCAGACCAGAAGAAAAUGAAAAUUCUGAGCUGGGAGACGGCAGUGAACGUGUUUCUCAGAGCCGGGUCGUCUAG